GCGAGCGCGAGCAGCCGCCCUGCCUAGCUUAGCCCGGUGUGACUUGUAACGCCCGCGCUCCCUCUCACUCCAGCGAUCCGGCGAGAGCUCCGCCCAGCCAGUCACGAGGCGCGCGCAGCGGCAAUGGCCUUCUACUACGGCGUGAGCGGGCAGUCGUCGUCCGCGGCGGCGGCGUGGGCGGCGCCGAGCAGCAGGCCGUGGACCAAGGCGGAGGACAAGGUCUUCGAGGGCGCGCUGGUGACGUUCCCGGAGCACGUGCCGAACCGCUGGACGCUGGUGGCGUCGUGGCUGCCGGGGCGCACCGCGCAGGAGGCCUGGGACCACUACCAAGCGCUGCUGACCGACGUCGACCUCAUCGAGCGCGGCAUGGUCGAGGCCCCGGACUCCUGGGACGAGGACGCCGCCGCCGGCGGGGGCCGCGGCCGCGGGGGUGCCGGGGGCGGUGACGAGCGCCGCCGCGGCGUGCCCUGGACCGAGGAGGAGCACAGGCUGUUUCUGGAAGGGCUCGAGAAGUACGGGCGCGGCGACUGGCGCAACAUCUCGCGGUGGUCGGUGAAGACGCGCACGCCGACGCAGGUGGCCAGCCACGCGCAGAAGUACUUCAUCCGCCAGGCCAGCGCCGGCAGCCGCGGCGACUCCAAGCGCAAGAGCAUCCACGACAUCACCACCCCGUGAUCGGGUCGUGGCCGUGAGCACAACAAGCACAAUCGGCAAGCAAGAUCCAGCCCAGGCUACCGGAUGCGAGACGGGAAAAAAGAAAACAGCCGUCCCUGUGGUCGUAGAUGUGUGGGCAAAAUUAAGCCAGUGGUUGGAAUCUAGCUAGCUAGCGUCUGGAACUUGUAUUAAGCGGUACUGGUAUAAUGGAAUAAAUUGUG